AUGAGAACUCAUCUGCUUCUCGGGCUAGUAUUAGGCGUCCUGCCAUGGACCGCCGUCGCGCUGAUCGGCGCCGGCGGCCAAAGAAUGUUUUACCCAGUAUGCGCGUAUGCAUGUCUCAGAGCUCUCGACCCGUACAUGCUGGAUUGCUCCAACCACGAUGGCGGGGGAGGCGGGCACUCUCACGGCAGCAUGGGCAUGACAUCGCCAGAGUGCCGAUCCGAUAACAAGCCCUACUUGUCAACCCUAGCGUGGUGUAUGCACACUCAUUGCACCGACGAUGGCGUGCAGACCUGGGAACUGGAGAAGUUCUGGGCCGAGCAAGCCACGCAAGAUCCGACCGUGGCCCCGAAAUACGACUAUGGCACCAUCGUCGCUAACAUCACUGAACCUCCGAAGGAGGUGGCGGACCCGGAAGACAUGCUCGAGUCCACCGCCCUGGCGCCGGAGACGCCCUGGAAGACGCAGUACAACACCAUGACUACCAUGGAGUACGAAGAAACGAUGCACGCACGAUACGGCAUCAUAAUCCUCGUCGUCGGCUUCGGCAUCCCCAUCUUCUUCACCGCGCUGCGCCACAUCCCCUACAUGUCCAGCCUGCUGGACCGCCUCAGCCCCUAUCUCGUCUACCCAGCAACCUGGGGCGGGCGGCAAGUGCAGCCGCUUCCCUACCUUCUCGGCAACGCUCCCACACUUGGCCAGGCACUGUACGUGGCAGUGCUCGUCGUGCUCAACAUCGUGCUCUCGGCCGUCUCGUACCGCUCCAUGCAGCCCAGCGCCUGGUACGCCAACCAGUACCAAGAGAUCCUGGCGUGGAUCAUGUACCGCACGGGAAACUUGGCGUUCGCACUGUUUCCGUUGGUGCUGCUGUUUGCGGGUAGGAAUAACGUGCUGUUGUGGUUGAGUGAUUGGUCGCAUUCGACGUUUGUGCUGCUGCACCGCUGGGUGGCGAGGCUCUUUGCGCUGCAGGUGCUGCUGCAUUCGAUUGUGGCGCUGGUGCUGUACAAGGAUACCGGCGCGUAUCCGGCAGAGGAGUCGCAGUUGUAUUGGAUUUGGGGUGCCGUGGCCACGGUUGCGGUCAGUGUCAUGGUGGUGGUGAGCGGGUUGCCCGUGCGACGCUGGUCGUAUGAGAUCUUCUUGAUUCUGCAUAUCCUGCUGGCCGUGUUUGUGGUUGCUGGGUGUUGGUAUCACGUCGAGCUACGGUUCAUGCGGAUGUUUGGUUAUGAGAUGUGGAUCUACACGGCAUGCGCAGUCUGGUUCUUUGACCGCCUAAUCCGCGUCUUCCGCGUGCUCAAGGCCGGCAUCCGCCGCGCCAGGGUAACCGAGAUUGGCAACGAUUUCGUCCGCGUCGACAUCGAGGGUGUCCGCUGGGGCACCACACCCGGUCAGCACGCCUACGUGUACUUCCCCACGCUUAACCCGCUCCGACCCUGGGAGAACCACCCGUUCUCGCUCCUCCCAUCCUCCAUCCUCUCCCCAAGACCAACAACAGCCCUCGCCACUACCACCCACGAAGGCAACGCAACCACCGCCUCCUCAGACGACGACCCCUAA